AAACCCAAAACCUUAAGUUUCAGACAAGUAGGGCUUAAGGAACCUUAACUAAUUGGAAUGAGAUUUAGGAAAGCAGAGAAGAGAGUCCUGGGAAAUUAAAUUUGAUUUAAUGUAACAUGGGCAGCAAAGAAUUAUUCUAACAUUCACUUUGGUUUCUUGAUUUUAGAGCCUCAUUGCCUCCAACCAAGAAGAGAAAGUAUUCACAGGCGCUGGAGGACCCCGAGGACUGCCGCAUGUGGGCCCACCACGCCAGACCAAUGACCAGUAGGAGCCACAGCAGUGAAGUACAGAACCAUGACAGUGAGGGACAGAACGGGAUGCCCAUGGACCAGUGCUCUCCCAUUCUGAAGUGGCAGCCGUACCAGAGUGAUCCUUGGCAUAGCUUGUUAAACAGUCAUUAUGAAAAACUACCUAAUGUGGGCUACAGAGUUGUAACAGACAAAGGAUUUAACUUUUCACUAGCAGAUGAUGCUUUUAUUUGUCAAAAGAAGAACCAUUUUCAGAUAACCAUCCACAUCCAAGUUUGGGGAAGUCCAAAAUUUGUUAAAACCCAAAUGGGCGUAAAGCCAAUAGAAAUGUUUUACUUGAAAGCUUUUGGAAUUAAGGUAGAAGCCACCAAUCAAAUAAUUGCUAUUGAACAGUCCCAAGCAGAUAGGAGCAAAAGAAUUUUCAAUCCUGUUAAAAUCGACCUAUUGGCCGACCAGGUCACCAAAGUAACACUGGGACGAUUACACUUCAGCGAAACCACAGCAAAUAAUAUGAGAAAGAAGGGAAAACCAAAUCCUGACCAGAGAUACUUCAUGUUGGUGGUUGGACUGUAUGCUGCUAACCAAGACCAGUUCUAUCUGUUGUCUGCCCACAUCUCUGAAAGGAUCAUUGUAAGGGCGUCUAACCCUGGGCAAUUUGAAAAUGACAGUGAUGCAUUAUGGCAGCGAGGACAAGUUCCAGAAUCUGUUGUCUGUCAUGGUCGAGUAGGAAUAAACACAGAUGCACCGGACGAAGCCCUGGUUGUCUGUGGCAACAUGAAAGUGAUGGGGACAGUCAUGCAUCCCUCUGACAGCCGGGCAAAGCACAAUAUCCAGGAGGUUGACACAAAUGAACAGCUGAGAAGAAUAGCCCAAAUGAGAAUUGUUGAAUAUGACUACAAACCUGAAUUUGCAUCUGCGAUGGGAAUAAACACUGCCCAUCAAACAGGAAUGAUUGCCCAGGAGGUGCAAGAGAUCCUGCCCAGAGCCGUGAGAGAGGUUGGUGAUGUCACCUGUGAAAACGGAGAGAAGUUGGAGAACUUCCUCAUGGUUGAUAAGGACCAGAUCUUUAUGGAAAAUGUAGGUGCAGUGAAGCAGCUCUGCAAACUAACUAACAACCUUGAAGAAAGAAUAGAAGAGUUAGAAAUAUGGAACAGAAAUCUGGCCAGGCUAAAGCGGCUCAGUAGCUGGAAGUCCUCAGCCAGUGAAGCAAGCUCAAUCAGCAAAUUUAGCAGAGCUUUUGGUGCAUCUUCUCCAAGAAGAGCCAUUCACAAAAAACCCAACAAGGUUUAUUUUUCAGGAAAAAGAGAGUCGUGUCCUAACUGGGUUUUCCAGACCUUGGUUAUAACUCUAAUUGCUGUGAUGGCAUUUUGUGCCUUGACGAUAGUCUCCCUUUACAUACUUAGCUUAAAAGAUCAAGACCGACAUGCCUCAAGUCUCCCUCCAAGCAGUCCCACAAGCUCUCAGGAGCCUGCUCUGCCGCCCACAGCCUCCUCCUCAGCAUCUAAUACAUCCCUGGCAGCCACACAGACCUCCUCACAAGCACCUGAAGUUACUUUCUGUGAGAUCCUGCCAUGUGAGGAAACUUAUUGCUGCCCCAUCUGGGGAAUGAAAAGAGUCCUUUCGAGUCCUGUGCAAAAACAGUUGGAGGAGGAGUUCCAUCAGAGGCGAUGGGCAGAAGACAAACGCAAAUCAUUCCUGGCAAGAGAUGCUCUCACCAGUCCUGACUGGGGGAGUGACUGGAUUGAUACAACCAUCAGUUCUAUUCAGAUUAUGGAAAUCCAGCAAAUAAUAGAUCAUCGGUAUUGCAGCAGAAGCCUCCGGUGCGGGUCUGGAAAUUACAAUUAUAAUAUUCCUGUUAAUAAGCACACACCUACCAAUGUCAAAUUCUCUCUGGAAAUAAACACAACAGAGCCAUUAAUAGUCUUCCAGUGCAAAUUCAUCCUUGGAAAUAUAUGUUUCUAUCAUAAGGGGCAACCCAAAGGGAUCCAGAGCUACAAAGAAGUCUCCCAGGAGAUGACACAGGGAUUUCAGCACGUUUGGAGCCUCCCUGUAGCCCGGUUCUCUGACAGUGCAUACCAUUUCCGUGUAGCUGCACCGGGUGUAGCCGACUGUUCAAUGGAUCCUUAUUUUGCUGGGAUAUUCUUCACAGAUUACUUCUUUUACUUCUAUCGACAUUGUGCCUAAUUUAUUCAAGUUUGGGGACUUUACCACAGAAAAAUACUCAAAAAUACAGUUAAUGGAAACUGAUAUCCUCUUGCAACUACUUCUUCAUAAAAUAUUCACAUUUAUUGCUGAAGGACUUUUUCAGGCUUUGGCUUUCAACAGUUUUGAGACAUUAAUGAGGAGAAUAAAGUGUUUCUUGAAACCUGAAA